UCUAAUUCGGUGGGGGUGGUUUUGGCAAAUGUUUUCUUUUGUUGUUGCUGCGGCCCGAAAGAAAAUAAUUUGCAGCUGAAAAUUAAACCAAUCAACUAAUUAAAUUACGUGAAAACAAGAAGCAAACAUUAAGUAUGAUAUAGUAAAAGUAGGAGCAAACAACUGAACACUUGGAAGUACAAAGUAAAUCAGCAGCUGCAAAGAUGUCUCCGAACUGCCUGUGGACAUGGGGCCUCCUGAGUGCUCUCCUUGUGACCUUGGGCUCAGCGGCCAUUUCGUCGAGGGUUCUGGAGCUGAGCGACCGGUUCAUAGACGUGCGACACGAGGGUCAGUGGCUGGUGAUGUUCUAUGCGCCGUGGUGUGGAUACUGCAAAAAAACCGAGCCGAUUUUCGCCCUGGUGGCUCAGGCGCUUCAUGCCACCAAUGUUCGGGUGGGUCGCUUGGACUGCACCAAGUAUCCGGCGGCUGCAAAGGAGUUUAAGGUCCGAGGAUAUCCCACCAUCAUGUUCAUCAAAGGCAACAUGGAUUUCACCUAUAAUGGAGAUCGUGGUCGCGAUGAGCUUGUGGAUUAUGCUUUAAGGAUGUCCGGUCCUCCGGUUCAGCUGGUAACGCGGACGGAGAGCGUGGAUAUGCUCAAGGGAUCGCACACGAUCUUCUUCAUCUUUGUGGGACAGCAGGAGGGAGUGGUGUGGGAUACGUACUAUGCUGCAGCUGAGGGCUAUCAAGAGCACGGAUUCUUCUAUGCUACGAGCGAGGACAUCGCUGCCCAGCACUUUGACUUUGAGAAACUGCCAGCGGUUAUAGUUUACAAGGAGGAGCAGCACCACUUCUAUCCCCAUGGACACCUGGCGCACGAAAUGGAUCCGAAUGAUGUAAACGAGACCAUUUUCCAAUGGGUGAAUGUGGAGCGGUUCACCCUGUUCCCGAAGGUCACACGAUUCAAUAUCCAUCAGCUGCUGAAGACUAAUAAGUAUCUGGUUCUGGCUGUGGUAUCAGAGGAUAAGCUCAAUCAGAUAGCCACCCAUGAACUAGAGUUCCGAGACAUGGUCGAAGGUGUGAUUAGAAAGCAUCGGCCGCGUUAUCACGAGAAGUUCCAAUUCGGAUGGAUUGGCGAGCCAUCUAUAGCACAUUCCAUUAUUCUGGACCAACUGCCCACGCCUCAUCUGAUAGCAAUUAACUCGACCACCCAGCAUCAUUUUAUACCAGACGAUGAUCCCAUGCAGAUGACCCCUCAGGCAUUGCAUCUGUUCCUGGAGUCUAUAAGCAAUGAGAGUGCGGUUGCCUACGGUGGAGACACAUACUUUGUACGCUUAAAUCGGGCGCUUUUCGAGGUUCGCAGAUCUUUGAAGGACAUGUGGCAGGGCAAUCCGGUGCUAACCACUGUCAUCUUUGGCCUACCGCUGGGCUUCCUCUCGCUAAUUAUGUACUCUAUAUUCUGUGGAGAUUGUCUAGUCACCGAGGAAGAUCAAGACGAAGACCACGAAAAGAAGGAGUAAGUGUAGAUCAGAAAUUAGG